ACACACUUUCGCAUCAUCUCUAUUUCAAUCACGAUUGUUCCAUCACGCUCCCAAUCUUCACACGACACUCCUUUUCAUCUUUGCUCACCAUCUCAGACCUGAUCAUCAUGGCUGGGUCCAAGCUUUGGAUGAGCGUUGUCAGCAAGCUGUCAGCGAGGAAGCAGAAGAUAGGAUCUCAGCCCAUCGUUGCCCAACAAACUACCAAUGCUGCUCAUAUUGAGUCUGAGCUAAAGCUUGAGGACCAUCUCCAUGACCAACACACUGAUGACAAUCGUAAGAAGAUCAGUCACUCUAUCAAACGCUUCUGGGCCCGUCAUGUCAAGCAUGACGCAAACACGAAAUUGGUCGAUUGUGAAGAAGAAAGAGUUGAAGAAAGAGAAGAAGGCCUAGUCAACAGUGACAAGUAUGGCUCCUUUGUAACCUCCGCACCUCCUGAGGAUCUCACCUUCGUCGGAGAGUUGGCUGUGGAGGUCGUUAGCGAGGAUCAGUCCGAUAUGCAGGAUUCUGUCACAUCUCCCGUCACUGACAACGUCGUUCGCCAAAACGAAAAGUCCAACGAGAGUAUCGCAAUCAUGGAUUCGAUGGUAGUCAGACUGAACCAGGCCACGGACGACGGCGACAGACAAGUACGAUUCAUGGAAUCUGAUGACACACUCCGUGAUCCUGAAGCACCUACUCCCGGUGCAGUCGCAGUUAUCUCACCGAGCCUGAUCAAUCUUCGCGGUAUCGAUGCACGCACUCCUCGAUCUCCAGCAUUGAACUUUGCUGCGAUAGCCAACGAUAGCUUUCAAAUGUAUCUAAGAUCUAUGAGAUCACCCCAACUCAUGAUUACGAACUGCGAACACGAAGCUGCAGCAUCGCAGGAAUGUGGUACGGGUGCUCAGGAGGGCUUAGUGGACUCAGAAAGUCUCCCUCAUUGCAUCACUGAGCAAGCAUCUGAGGAUACGCUUCGCGACGCUGGCUACACUACGUUUCCAACCCCUUACGACCGCUCUGUAACUGAUACAGCCUACAUCACGAAAGAGCCGAGCACGUCUGUCCUUCCGCCAAUGAUGUCCCCACUCGCCGUGUCAGAUCAUAUCAAACCGGAUGAGCGAUAUGGAGAAUCACUUGAACAUGACGGUUCACUGCCACUUGAGCAUGAACGUUCAUUGCAAUCGCUCGCCUCUCUCCAUGAGUCAGGAGCUGCUGCUGAGAUAUAUGUGAAUGCGUACGAUUCAAUCAUGGCACUAGAAAAGCUCAUUAGCGAGAUAGACAGGAUUGUGGGCGACUUCAAGUCACUCAGGGGUCUCAGAAAUAUCUCUCGAACUCAGACCAGGGUCAAGCACCAUGAAAAUCACCUUCCAACAAUGCCGGGCCAUCCAACCGGCGCUGGAAUCCAACCAGCUGAGCCGUCUCAGAGCGAUCUAUUGACUGAUACAUCUGACGCAAGUUCAUAUGCUCCAAUCGACUGUAAUCUCGACUCUCUCGAAGAAGAAGACUAUUGCAAUACAGCGGUCGUGCAUGAACAGGAAUUGACUGCUCUGGAGGAGCUACACAAAGACUCUGUCUUGGUCAAACCUACAUUCAACCUGAGUCAGAUCUUGACAAACUGCGACAUUGUUCCAAGAGCUAGUGCGACUGUUACAGACGCCACUCAAAUCGACACUGUUAAAGAACCUCAAUGCGCUGUACAGUUUCGAUCGCAAGAGAAGCAGAGGGUGUCACCAAGUCUCUCCUGUGACUGUGGAGACGAGAAUGAGGAUAACAAGGGCAAGCAUACUGUCCUUAUCGAGCACAGCCCAGCAACUGCAUCUUUCUCUGACUCUGCGACAAACAAGGGCAACCUUUCCGAUCGUGGUGCAAGCCACAAUGCACAUGGCGGCAUCUUUCCAAUGAAUCAAGACCAGGACCAAUCGCUGUCCUAUCCAGACGUUGGUUUCUCAAAGUUGCCGCUACUAUGCGACCUUAAAUCAAAGCAUGAAAUCACGAACAACCAAGAAACGAGCCCUCGCAUUGACUUGUCUGAACAGACUCCCAAUCUCCCACAAAAAGCCACAACCACAAAACCACAUUGUCGAUCCCGGUUCUUCAACCAAGGCCAGCUAAUUCAAAGGGGGCCCACGGGCAUAACCCACCCUCCCAUCAGAGCCAUACCGACCAAUAGACAACCUCCACUCCAAUUCCCCAUCCCCCGCCGCCUCAGCCGCGAACACACGCCAAUCCUCCUCGCCAAACUCGAAGCCGCAGCCCGGACCUACUCCACGCUCUCCACCACCCCAGCACCACAAUACGCCCUCGUCACCCCGGCAGUCUCCCUCGCUCAGCAGGCGUACAACCUCGAGCCCCUUCUCCAGCACCAAGACGUCCCACCGGCGCACCGCGUCCGCGGCCAUCGUGGCAGGGGUGUCCUCAGCGCGAUUGUACACGCGGCUGCAGGUGCCGUUGUCCGUGGCCGGUCGCCGGUGGGUGAGGUGUGCGGCCUCAUGUCGCUGCGAGAAGGGGUGGCGGAGGUGACUCCUAUGGAGGUGUGGCUGGAGGGUGCGUUGGAGAGCGUGGGGCUAGUGAGGGGGUUUGUGGGCUUGAGUCCUGAGAUGGCUGUUGUGUGAG